AUGAACUCGAUCAACAAGAGCAUUUGGAGAUGUUGGUAUCUAUGCAGAGGGACCAAGCUCCAUGUCUUCAAGACCUUGAUGCUGCCAGUUUUGCUCUAUGGAAGCGGAACUUGGACGCUAUUUGUUGUCUUGGAGUCUCUUGAUGCCUUUUGCAACAAGUCUCGUGGGGAUGUCCUCGGAGACACAUCAUCUGGCGACGAGGACGAACCAGAACGGCAGCAGCAUCGAAAGCUGUUUCCUCCAUUCGACGUCCGUGCCGACAACAAUGUUUGGUCUCGCUGGAAGAAAUAUCUGAGCAGAUUUGACAGGCUUAUGACGGCCAUGGAUGUCACAAAUUCAGACCGCAAGACAGCCAUGCUACUUCAUUUCGCGGGACCUGACGUCGAUGACAUUCACGAUACCAUCGCCGCAACUGUUCAAGAUCAGGACGGUGCUGACUCUACAGACAUAUAUGUGAGAACAACAACCGUACUCACUACCUAUUUUGCACUCAAGACAAACACAGCUUUUGAAGUCUACUCAUUCAGACAGGCAACACAAGGAAGGGCUGAGAACAUUGAUAGUUUUACCACAAGACUAAGACACCUUGCCAAGUCAUGCGAUUUCAAUGAUACCGAUACAGAAAUUAAAAACCAAAUUAUAUUCAGCUGUAAAAGCCAAGCUCUUAGGAGAAUAAGUGAGUCCCAAGCAACAACACUUGAGAACAACACACAAUCUCAGGUAAACCUGGUUUCGCAUAACAACAGUCAGAGACGGUCAAGUUACAGAUCAAAACCCCGCACUCGUACAUCGUCUCAACCCCGACAGCGCCAAAGCACCCCAGGCUCAGGUCUCAGCGGUGACAGACGGCCCAGCAGGCCAAAACAAAAGUCGGGAAAGUGUCACUACUGCGGACAUGACCUGCCGCACCGAACAUGUCCAGCCAGGGACGCCGCAAAUGUUGUGAGCGACGACGUUCACCACCACUCCGACGACGACUACGACUACGGCUACUCAAUCUCAACAGAUGAGACAGACAACGUCAUGUCCACUACAAACAAAACGUCGUGCCUCCCCAGUUGUAUAGUAAAGAUCUCGGGGCUGCCAGUUACAAUGACAAUUGACUCUGGUGCAUCUGUCAAUAUAGUGGACCGGGAAACAUAUGAGAGUAUGCCAGUAAAACCACAACUACAUCCACCUCUGCGCAAGGUGUUCCCAUAUGGCUCAAGAACACCAAUACAUGUUCUAGGUGUCGCCAACACUACGAUCACACAUGGAUUCCAAGUGGCACAACAGCUAGGAGUUCUAAGCGUAGCUCAGUUGGUGAAAGAAAAAUCCCCACAGACCACAAACUGGCCCACUGAGGAAUUCCCACAGCUCUUUUCGGGAAUGGGGAAACUCCGCAAUAAAGCCGUCAAGCUCCACAUUGACGAGUCAGUGAUUCCAAAACAACAGCGUCACAGGCGUAUUCCGUUCCAUCUCCGCAAGGAUGUUGAAAGCACCAUAGCAGAAUUAGAGGCUAACGACAUCAUCGAAAAAGCAGAGGGCCCAACCCCCUGGGAAUACCACCAGUACGAGCUUGAUGGCAGAAGCCGAUACAUUACUACAUUCAGCACCAACAAAUCCAUCUACCGCUACAAACGUCUGAUGUUUGGAAUAAAUUCGGCAUCUGAGAUUUUCCAAAACGCUGUCGAUGAAAUGCUCACAGGUUUGCCAGGAGUGAAAAACAUCUCCGGUGACAUCAUAGUGUUUGAUUGCACACAGAAGGAACAUGAUGCAAAUCUGCAAGCGACACUCCUUCGCUUACAGCAACAUGGUGCACGGCUGAAUCAACAUAAAUGCAAAUUCUCCCAACCUACUGUCACCUAUUUCGGCCAUAUCUUCGGCAUAGAUGGAGUCCAGGACGGUUCUAAGAAGAUCCAAGCAGUCAAAGAGAUGGCGCCACCCACUGAUGUCUCCGAAGUCAGGUCGCUCCUUGGAAUGGCUCAGUAUGUUUCAGGUUUCAUUCCCAACUUUGCAUAUGUGACCACUCCCCUCAGAAGACUGACACAUCAAGACGUUCCAUGGAGCUGGAGUCGGAAAGAAACAUAA